AUGGUUAGCGCUGAUGCAAGCGAAUACGGACUGGGUGGAUGUAUUCUGCAGCAACAAGAUGACAAACAGUGGAAGCCAGUGGCGUACUGCUUAAGAAGCCUCACUCCAUCUGAACGACGCUACGCGCAGAUAGAGAAAGAGCUGUUGGCCUCAGUGUGGUCGUGCGAAAGGUUUUACGUGUACCUUCGAGGCCUUCACGUCACCAUACAGACUGACCAUAAACCGCUAGUUCCACUCAUCAACAUUAAGGAUCUGUGGGACGCUCCGCUGAGGUGUCAACGACUUCUUAUGCGUCUCAUGAAGUACCACUGCACCGCAGAGUACGUACCUGCCACUGGCCAGUCUCCCAAGGGGAAUUUGGACGAGAUCAAGCGUGAAACUGCCCUCGAUGAAGUGCUGGUGCAAGUCGCAUCACACAUUCGCAGUGGCUGGCCAAAAUACUCUCGCGACAUUGAAUCAACAACAGUGAAGCUCUGCUGGGAGAACCAAGACAACCUCAGCUUAGUCCAGGGGAUCCUCACCCAUGGCAACCGCAUCGUCAUCCCGGCAAAGAUGCGCCAAGAUAUGCUGUUGAGGAUCCACGAAUGUCACCAGGGAAUAUCAAAGUCCAGAUUCCGAGCUGCUCAAGCCGUUUGGUGGCCAGGUAUUGGGAGCGACAUUGCCCAGUACAUAGAGAAAUGCUCCUUCUGUCAGACCAAGCAGUCAGCACGGCGAGCGGAACCCCUAAUCUUGACUCCGCUUCCUGAACGACCCUGGCAACGUCUUGCCUGUGAUCUGGCAGAGGUCAGUGGGAGACACUACAUUGUCCUAGUCGACUACUUUUCGCAAUGGAUUGAGGUCCAUCAUUUCCAGACAACAACGUCGUUGGCCGUCAUUUACUUGUUGAAAGCCACUUUCGCCUGUUUUGGCAUACCUGAGGUUAUUGUCACCGAUAAUGGGCCACAGUUCCUGACCGAGUUCAACCAAUUUGCAAAAUCCCAAGCCAACAACAACAGUCAGACCACGACGCACAGGAAAACCUCCACGCUGGCACCAGGAUUAUGUGGUGUACUAAACCUGGCACUAAACUGGAACAUUGAACUCUACACUCCACAGAACUGA